CAGACAUUUAUUUUGAAAACUGAUAGCCCAUUUGGUAGUUGAAUUUAUUUAUAAAUAGGCAUGCACUCUAAUUCAAAUCCUUAUAACUUCAAUUGCGUCAGAUCAGACCAUGGACGAAUCCUAUUCUUCCAAAAGGUUGAACGGCAAAGUCGCCAUAAUCACCGGCGGUGCCAGCGGAUUCGGAAAGAGCACCGCCAGAUUGUUUGUUCGACACGGGGCCACUGUAGUCAUUGCCGACGUCCAGGACGAUCUCGGCCGAUCACUCUGCGAAGAACUUGGAUCAGAGAAAACCGUUUCAUAUGUACAUUGUGAUGUGACGAGUGAUUCCGAUGUGAAGAACGCCGUUGAUUUCGCGGUUGAGAGGUACGGGCAGUUGGACAUAAUGUACAACAAUGCCGGGAUCACCGGCGAAAUGGAUCCGACAAUUUUAGGAACAAAGAAGGAGAAUUUCAAGAAAGUUUUUGAGGUGAAUGUUUAUGGAGGAUUUUUAGGGGCAAAACAUGCGGCUAGGGUUAUGAUUCCAAAUAGGAGCGGAGUGAUUCUGUUCACAUCUAGUGUUGCUUCGGUGAAUAGCGGAGAAUCGCCGCAUGCUUAUGCAAUGUCGAAGCAUGCAGUGGUGGGAUUGAUGAGAAAUUUGUGUGUGGAAUUGGGGGAAUUUGGGAUUAGGGUUAAUUCAGUAUCUCCAGGAGCUAUUGCAACGCCGCUGCUGAGAAACGCGUUGGGAUUUACAGAGGAGGCGUUGGAGGAGGUGGUCCGAUCUUCAGCGAUUUUGAAAGGAGUUGUGCCGACGGUGGAGGAUGUGGCAGAGGCGGCGCUCUUCUUGUGUAGUGAUGAAUCUAGGGUUAUAAGUGGGCAUAAUCUUGUCGUCGACGGUGGCUAUAGUACUGCCAACCGCUCUUUCUCCGUUGCUGCUAUCAGAAAAUUGUCUUCUCAUUUAGAGGGAUAAAAAUUAGGAGAAAUUGUCAAAAACAACCUUUUUUUUAAUUUCACCUUCACUUAAAACUCUUAAAAAUAUUUUUUCUCCUUCCCGACAAAAAUUAACUGCCGAUAUUCGAACAAAAAUUGAACAGCAUCAUAAAGGCGCUAAUUAUUAAAGAAUAUCUCAGGAUAAUUUUCUAACAAUUUCUCCAAAUUAAGGUGAGUGCAACUUUAACUUUGUGUUUGUAUUCAAAAGCAUAAAUUCAAAAAUAUUUUUACCAUAACUAAUAUAUAUCUGGUGUAGGAGAAUCAAACCUUGAUUUCGAGUUUGAUAACAUAA